CUGCGGAGGAGUGGCCCCGCCCCGCGCCCCGCUGGCGUCGGAGGAGGCGGAGCUUCUAGAGAGGAGGCGCGAAGGCUGGGCGUCUGGGCUGCUGGCGGGACGCACCUGGCCCGGGAGAGGAGAUCCGGUUGGAAAGAAACUGCAGCAUGUCCUGGAGCAGCAGUGACUUCCGACCCUCUGCAAAAGUAUUUGGGGAGAAUGGCGUGUUGGAGGAGCAGAAAUCUCCAAAAUUCAAGAAAAGAGAGACAGAAGUGUACGUUGGCAAUCUCCCACUGGAUAUCUCUGAGGAGGAGAUUCGGUGCCUUCUAAAGGACUUCAGCCCUCUCCAUGUCCACAGAGUCCAGAAUGGCUGCAAAUGCUUCGCAUUCGUAGAUCUGGGCUCCAUGCAGAAAGUGGCACUUGCCAUCCAGGCACUGAAUGGGAAGCUCUUCCACAAGCGAAAACUAUACGUGAAUUCCAGCAACAGGUCUCCCAAGAGGACCCCUGAUGUGACCAAGCGGCCCCAGGAGCUGCUGAUUUCAGAGAAGGCCUCUGCUCAAGGAUUUGCUGGAACCACUGGACUCCACUUUCUGCCUUCAGCUUGUCCACAGCUCACUCCUAAAGCUUCUGGUGAGCCCUGUGAGACAGAGAAACCCAAGACAAGCUUCUUUGCAGUUCCCAUGGAAAUGAGAGGGUCCUUCUUGGUGCUGCUCCUAAGGGAAUGUUUCCGAGACCUGGGCUGGCUGGCCACCAUCCCCAGCAUCAGCGGGGAGGUGGGGCUGUUGGUGACCAGUACUGUCCCUCAGACCCCCUUCUUCUGGGCCAUGCACAUCACCGAGACACUGCACCGAAACAUGCUGGCCCUGUUCAGCGCCCUGGCCGAGGCGGAGGAGCAGCAGCCCUACCUGCAUGACUCGGCGGUGCGGCGCGGGACCCGCGGUCUGGCCGAGUACCACCUGGGCAGUUACGGGCCGGCCUGGAACAGGUGCUGGGUGUUGGACCGCGUGGACUCCUGGGUGGUGGUCAUGUUCGUGGAUUUUGGCCGAUCGGCCACCAUCCCGGUACAGUCCCUGCGCACCCUGGACAGUGAUGACUUCUGGACCAUCCCCCCCCUGACUCAGCCGUUCAUGCUGGAGAAAGGUAUUUUGAGUUCAAAUCAGGUUAUCCAUUGCAUCCUCAAAGGGAAAAUCACCGGUGCUUUGAACUUGGAGUCACACAUCCUGAAGUUUGAAGAGUUUAAGUGACGUGGCUACGAUCAGCAUGUUCCCUCUCCUGUCUAGAUUCUGCCCACUCUGCCCUUUUACUCUUGAGGCCUUGGGGGUGACAGAGGCCACAGCGGUGCCCAGGACUGCUUGGAUUCCCCCAGCUCACUUCUCAAUGUGUCGUGUGUCUUCACCGUGAACAUUUGAACCAAACAGGGAAGCUUCCAUGAGGUUGAAAGUCUGAUGUAGCCAGUGUAUUCUUUCCUGUCUUUUUUUUUUUGUAACCCCAGAACAUGAUAUAAGUUGCCCUGACAGAGUCUGGAGAAUGGAGGGGCCCACUGCUUAAUUUUCCUGGCAUUCCAUUGUAGAAUCAGGUAGGGAGCAUCUAAACAUUGAUCUGUUGGCUUGGUGAAUAAAUGUUGGCAUGCUUCACA